AUGAUGGCUUCUUUCCCCCACGCUCAGGGCAAUGCCCAGUACCCUCGCCUCGGUCGCGGCAACGGCUUCGGCGGCGAUGCUUCGUCGUCCGCCACCAAGCACGGUCGGGACCACCGCCUGAGGGCCAAGAUCAAGGGUCGUAAUCUCGCGAGAUUCGGCGCCAGAGACAAAUCUGCGAUGGCCAUCAAGAUCGUCGCCAACCAGGCCCGCGCGCCUCCUACUAAUCUCGCUCGGGCCUAUAUCACCCGAGCUGCCGUUUACUCGGCGGGGGAGAUGGAUCUUGACUCCAAGGGCGAUGUCAACAUGGAGAUGGAAAUUGACGAAGCGGACACCGACAUGACCGACGUCGGUUCCGAUGCUUCCUGGAUCUUCUCCUCGACCUCGAAUUCCUUCACCUCGACCCCCUUGACCCCUCCAAGCGUGUUUGCGCAGCCAGCCUCGACCCCCGCGACGGCGGGCUCGUCAUUCUACCAGACGAUUGCCCAAACACCAACCCCUGCCAACAACGCCUUUGCUCCGCUGCCCGAUUACUCGGGGCAGAUGGACGGUGUCAAGAGGACGCCCUCCAUGGCAACCAGCAGCCAGCCUGCUGCUUUCACUGCGCAAGCCGCCGCCGCCGCCGCUCAGAAGCAGCAGCAGCAGCAGCAGCAGUAUCAGCAGCAGUAUCAGCAGCAGCAGCCUGCUCGAGCUGCGACUAUUCCUGGCACGCCGCCGAAGAAGAAUGGCGCGAUCCCCUUCACCUUGAAGGCUGCCGGCAAUACCCAGCAGGCGCCCGCCACCCAGCAGCAGCAGCAGCAGCAGCAGCAGCCUGCUCAAGGUGCCACUAUUCCUGAUACUCCGCGGAAGAAUGGCACGAUCCCCUUUACCUUGAAGGCUGCCAGCAACCCCCAGCAGGCGCCUGCCCAAGCAGCGGCUGUUCCCAAUGCACCAGCCAAGAAUGGAGCCAUCCCAUUUACUCUGGUGCCCGCCACCACUCUGCAGCAACCUACUCCCCCUGCCGCUAUUCCUGACACGCCGCCAAAGAAUGGCACGAUCCCCUUCACCUUGAAGGCUGCCGGCAAUCCCCAGCAGGCGCCUGCCCAGGCAGCGGCUGUUCCGAAUUCACCAGCCAAGAAUGGGGCCAUCCCAUUCACCCUCCUGCCCGCCACCACUCCGCAGCAACUUACACCCCCUGCCACUCCCCCCAUGACUGCUGCCACCUUCACUCAGCCCGAGAGUAGCCUGGCUCCGGUCAGCACUCAGCCCACAAACCCGCAGACGGAGCCUGCGAGACCCCUUCAGACGACUCAAGCUGCCCUGCCCACUACGGCUCAGGCUGCUGAGACACAGGCAGCUUCGCAGGCUACUCCCUCUCCUGCCUCAAUCUUCAAGCAACCAGACUGCAUAUCGACGACGAAGGUCGCUCCGGGUUGGGAGGAAAUUCGCACAUGGGAGGAGACCAGGACCAGUGCUGCUAUGGUUUUCAAGCCAAUCCAGUGGCCGUGGCCUGUGAAGCUGGCCCCGCGAUGGCAGAAGGUCAAAUCCUGGGCCGAGACCGAGGCUGAGAUGAAGGCUGCGAAGUUCAAGCGUGACUUGGAGAAUAUCAUCCAGCUCACGCCUUCGGUGCAUAUCUCAGACCCCGACAAGUCGAACUCGAAGGUUUCAACCACGUUCAGCAUGUUCAUCGGUCACGAGACUAAAGCCCAGUGGAUUCACGACAGGAACCCCAUGGAGGCCGUCGCCAACGACAUAGCAAACGCCUACAGUAGACCAUUUGCCAUCGGUGCCGAUUGGUCCUCGAACAUCGCGCCCUACCCUGUCAUACCGACAGCGCCUGUGCCCACGAGUGCUCCUCAGCAGAGCUCAUCCCCCUCUCGCCCCGUCACACAGGACUCUCCUGCCGUCUCUACCCCAGGCCCGCGAGCAGCCUCAACCCCCCUUGCCCCUACCAGCAUUGGGAGCUUAGACAAGGCGGCUCAAUCGAUCGGACCCCAGUCCACGGAUCUUGGCAAGGGUAUUGCUGCCUCCUCGAAGUUGGACGUCGCUCACCUCCAAUCCAUCCUCUCAAAGGCUCAACCUUUGCUUGAGAAGUUGAGGGCGAGCGACCCAGGCGCUCAAUCUCCAACGGAGCGCCCUAACCAGAACAACGAGCCAUCGGCAAGUAUCGCUGCUUACACUGCAGCGCCCAUGCCGGCCACUGUCAGUUUCUUCGGCCAAGAGUUUUCCCUGUCUGCGCCACCGGCCACAAAGGCCUCGCCGUCGCAACAGAAUACCUACGAGGUUGGCAGCGACAAGGAUCCCAAUGUCGAUACUGAGUACGACUUUGCCAACCACUUCAGCCGCAGUGCUCGCGCUGCUUCUGCCUCCACACCUUCCUCCAUUCUUGACUCACCUCCGCCAUAUCCCUCGGCACAACUUCAUUCUGAGCAUGCUGCCGCUGAUGUGGCCUUGCCCUCUAUCGAGAUAGACCCCCCUGUUGCAGAUUCCUCUACUGCGGCUCCAUCUACCGCUACUGCCCCUGCUGCCGACGACGGCUACCCAAGAGUUGAUAACGGUCUUCGCUACAACCAGGCCUACGCCAUCACUAUGAUGCGAAGGAUGGUCUACAAGACCGUACCGCGGAUGGCAUCCAGGAUCAUGUACCCCGACACGCGGUUCACAAAGACCGCCCAGAAGGAUGAGGCCAAGAUCAUCCUGGACGGGAUACUACAGCGCGAGAUCCAAGAGACCAGUCUGGAAGAAUUCGAGCGGGAGUACGAGAGGAAGGACACCCUCUCACAAACCGCCCUCUGCGAGGUCUUCAGGGACUGGUUUGACGACGAUAUGCUCGUGAAGCUCCCCGAAAUCGCUUGCAGCAGGCUGGAUGAACGCGAAGAGGCGGCCCUCAAGAGAGCUAUGGGCAGGGCCUGCGCUCGGUACAUAUCGAGGCACCCUCCUACAGACAGCGAUAAUGCCGACGGGAGAGACAGCGACUAUGACAGCAGUACCGGCGAGGGCGACGACCUUUGA